AUGGGUGACUAAGAUAAAGAAACACAAUCUACUAAGACUUCAACUUUGAAUUAAAUUGAAGAAAAGCAACAAAAGGUCAUCGCUAAAAUUAAAGAGUUGUUUGAAAAGGAAAACUUCAAAAAAAACACUCACUUAACUAGAUUUAUUGUUAAUACAACCACCAAUGCUGUUCAUUUAAAUGGUGUUUUGAGUGAGAAAUCAGUCUAAGAAAUCAGUGUUGAUCACAAAUUACUUGAUGAAAUUUUGAAAAAAGAUGAAUUAAAGGACGUCAUUAAAUAUAGUCCUCAAGAAUUGACUGUUGCUCCUACCUGGAAAAAGCUUAGAAAUAUUCUCUACAUUAAAAAUAUUGAUAAAGACUUAAAGAAUGAAUUGUAACAAUUAAUUGAACAAGACAUUAAGCCACACACUAUUUAUUAUAAAUCAGAACAAUAAAACAUAGUUGAUUCUAUUAAGAUUACCAUCAAUGAACCUAAUUAAGAAGAGAAUAUUACUAAAGCUUUGUUCGAUAAAUUGUUCUUCAAGAAAUACACUAUUGGUGAAAAAGAAGUUACCAUUGACUGCUCUAUUGAAGAAGAAUAGUUCACUGCUCCCGCUUAAUAGCCCCAUCCUCAAUAACAUCCUAACCACACUUUCAGGGUUUCACGUGACAAUUACCCUACCACUAUUGAUCCUCGUCAAUAAUAACAAUUAUAACAACAAUAAAUGAUUAUAAUGAAUCAAAUGCUUAUGUAGAUGUAAAAAUAGAGUAGAAAUAUGCAGUUUUAGAAAAAUAACAGAUAACAAUAAAACUAAAAUGGAAGAUAAUACGUAAACAAAAAUGUCAAUAACUUAAACAACAACACUAAGUCCUCAGGAAACAAUUUGUACUAACCUUCUAGUAAUAGUAACAGAUCCAUGAAUAAGUAGGACAGAAACCAUAAGGGUGGCAAAAAUCACAAAGGUGGUAACAGACAAAAUUCCAAGCAAGGCCAAAAAGUGUUUAAUGCUACUGAUAAGGACUUCCCCUCUUUAUAAUGA